GGAUCACGUGCCUUUCGACAGCGGGUCUUGAUUGGUCAGCCCCGCGAUGGCGUCAGAGCCGCGGCGCCGCGUGUUGAGGCCGCCGGGUUGUUGCUCUGCGGAGGUCGGGGCGCGGGGGCGGCGACGCCGCUCACACUCAUGAGGAACAGGAAGCUCACAGGUGGAGUGCGGUCUUCAGCACGCCUGAGAGCCCGGAACUGCUCCACGGACAUCACAGCCCCUGCCCAGGACGUCGCUGGCUCCACGUCCCCCAGGACAGCAUGCCCGUCGUCCUCAUCACACAAGGCCCCAGACAGGCGGACUUCAAAGAAGUUCAAGUAUGACAAAGGUCACGUGGUGAAGGCCGAAUUACAGAAGCUGGUCUCCAGGGGCGACAAGGCUACCCUGCCCAAAGCGGCACCCAGGGCCCCGUGCAAGGACGCAGCUGUGGAAGACAGCGUGGUGCUCCCGGGCAGUGACACUGCCGUCCCUGCACACCAGGAGGCUGCUGCUCUUCCCCACACCAGCUGCCAGAGUGCGAGCGACACUAUCCCCACAAAGACUGAAGGUGGUCUGUCCCCGCUGGAGCCCGGCGCCAGUGCAGCGGCAGAGGAGGCCGACCGAAGCUCUGGGGCUCCCGACGGGUCGGCCACGGGGGAGACUCAGACGUCACUGCUCCUGACAGACAGCAGUGUCUUUCUAGACGAUGACAGCAAUCAGCCCCUGCCUGUGAGCAGGUUCUUCGGGAACGUGGAGCUCAUGCAGGACCUGCCACCAGCCUCCUUGUCUUGUCCUUCCAUGAGCAGACGAGAAUUCAGGAAAAUGCACUUCAGAGCCAAAGACGACGAGGACGAUGAAGGUGCAGAAAUGUAGAAACCACAAAAGGGUUGGGUUUGGGUUUUGUUGUUGUUGGUUGUUUGCAUAUUUACCAUAAUUAACUUUGAUGAUCUAACAACUCUUAAGAUUUAUAUAAAACACAUCUCCAAGAGAAUGUGUCCUUUGAAUGGGACUUCAAAGCUGCCGGUGGAUAUGAACAGCACAGAAUGUGGCAUGGGGGAGGCUUCCUAGGGCACUGCCAGCCAGCCACCAGGGCCCCAGCCGGCUGCACUCACCCUCCCUCGGGCCACAGUGUUAAGUGGGUGCAUCCCCGGGAGGCCGGGGCUGCUUCUACAGGUAACAUGCGAGCUGGCUGUGCACCGCCGAAAGCUGAGGAAUCCUAAGAUUAAUCCAGAGCCAGUCCCUAAAGGACUGUCCUGUAUUUUUGAACGUGAAACUGCCUACUUGAAAACUUUGCCAAACACUUGGGGGAAGGAAUAAAAUACGUAUUUUGAAAACA